AUGGCUUUCAAGUUCGUGACCUUCGCCGCUCUGGUCGCCGUUGCCCGCGCUGGACUCAUUGCCUCGCCAGCCGUCAGCUACCAUGCUGCCCCGGCUCUGGCCCCGGUGGCCAAGAUUGCCUAUGCCUCGGCUCCGCUGGUAGCCGCUGCCCCGAUUGCCAAGGUUGCCUAUGCUGCCCACCCCGAGGAGUACGACCCGAACCCUCAGUACUCGUUCUCGUAUGGAAUCUCGGAUGCUCUGACCGGAGACUCCAAGUCCCAGCAUGAGUCGCGCAGUGGAGAUGUUGUCCAGGGAUCGUACUCCCUCAUUGAUGCCGAUGGCUUCAAGCGUACCGUCGAUUACACCGCCGAUCCGCACCACGGAUUCAAUGCUGUCGUCCACCGU